AUGCGUUUAUCAUCAGGUGUUAUUCCAUUAAUUUUGGCCACUUCAGCUGCGGCCAUUCCAUUCAGACCAGUCAACUUCAAGAGAUAUGAAAACUCCUCUGAGGUUUCGGUCACCCCAAGUGCUUCCACCGGUUUUUCUGCUGUUGUUCUUGCAGCUAGUGGUGCUUCGUCUGGUGUAGUAUCUUCUGAUGCUGCUUUGACUUCCGAUGCUGCUCAAUCUUCUGAUGUUGAACAGGAUACUACCAUCACUGUUGAUGAGUACAUUACCAUCACUUUGCCAGACACUACUUUAACCAUCCCAACUUCUGCUACCGACGAAAUUAAUGACUUUGAAUCAUCAGCCUCUGCUGUUUCUGCUUCUGUUACUUCUAGCGAGGCUGACACUACCCUCACUUCCACCGUCAUUGAAUACCAAACCAUCUCUUCUGAUGGUUCUGAAACUGUCCAAGCAACUAACACUUACACCACCACUGUUCCUCCAUCAUCAUCCGCUGAAGCUUCUUCUGAUGCUGCUACUAAAGCUCCUUCUUCAACCGGUCAAGUCACUACCUCCACCAUCACCAAGCUCACCACUAUCACCCAAGGUUCUUCUACAUUUGUUUCCGCUCUUGAAACUGAUACUGAAACCAAAACUGGUGGUCAAUGUACUCCAGAAACUGUCACUGUCACUGUCACUAAGGGAGAUGAAAAAGCUGUUUCUUCUACUCCUGACGUUACCUCUACAGUCUUUUUAACCUCAACCUUGACUACUUCUUACCCAGUUGAAGCUGAAUUUACUCACGGUGAUGACAUCACUACCAUCACCAGUUACGUUCAAGUUACUUCUACUCAAGUCUACACUACUGCUGCUGGUUCUUCUUCUUAUGCUAACUCUAGCAUCCCAGUCACUAGCUCGUCUUUCCAAACUGCCGGUAACAAUGGUACUUACUACUCAUCUGCUUUACCAAGUGCAACCACUGGCUACGAACCAGUUGCUAACGCUAAGAGAGGUUUCGUUUUUAACUUCUAA